UGCAUUUCGCACAGUGACCACAACAAGGCAUCGGAUAGGUACCAGUGACGCUCUUCGUUUGGACUCGUCGCAGGCUGAAAGAUGGUCAAUGUUCUGAAAGGAGUUCUCGUUGAAUGUGACCCAGCAAUGAAGCAGUUUCUCUUGUACUUGGAUGAGACAUCUGCUUUGGGGAAGAAAUUCAUCAUCCAAGAUCUGGACGACACACAUGUCUUCAUUCUAGCAGAAGUUGUUCAAAUUCUGCAGGAGAGAGUGGGAGAGCUGAUGGACCAGAACUCAUUUCCCAUUACCCAGAAAUAAAGGAACAUGGCAUUCUACAUUGGAGAACGUUUUUUAACGCUGGCAGUUUGAGUUUUCUUAAGAGCAGACAUUUGAGUAAUGGGGUUUAUCAUAUGUGGACUUGUCAUUGAAAUGUUUCAGGCCUAUUGAAUUUAUGAUUUCAAUGCCACACCACUGUAAUCCAGUUUUAUUUUACCAGAAUGGGUGAUAUGUUGGAUUUACUUUGAAGACUAUAUUGAUGUUUCUGAUUCCUUGCUGCUACUGAACACAGACAGAAUUCAAUGCUACAUAUUAGUAUCUAGUAAGCUUAUUUUAUCAUGGCUUAAUAGCAGAAUACAAAUUAUUUGUGAAAGUCCAAGGAGCUGUAUUGUUCAUUAUUGAUUUUGCUUAUGUGAAAUAAAAUUGUCAUUUUCUGUUCCGUGUUUCA